AGGAAGUGCAGAACGCAACCGAGCACAAACAGGCGAAAUGAAAAGGACAUUUCUGAUACUUCCCAUACAGUUUGACAAAGUUUUGACAAAACGAGUGAGCCAUUGCUGACAUUUAACGAUAUUUACUAACUCUUUUUUUUUUUAAACGUGAACGUUACACCAUUACAGCUUUCGUCUGUGCUCUUCGCUCGGUGUUGUUAGUAUUGAAUGGACAAUGGAAGAAAUACACAAGAAGCUUCUUCAGCGUAAUAGGACCAAUCUUGUGAAAGACUUGGACCCAUCAAAACUUUAUGAUGGCCUUCUUGAAAAAGGAGUUUUCACCCAAGACAUGAUCGAUGAGAUAAAGAGCUCAGGGACCAGGCGCGAUCAGGCCAGACAAUUAGUCCGGGACUUAGAGACCCGUGGGAGCCGGGCUUUUCCUUUAUUUCUGGAGUGCCUUCAGGAGACAGGUCAGCACAGUUUGGCAGAGCUCCUCCUAAAUGCUGCACCGCCAGCUGUUCAGAUCCAGCCUUCAACACCCACCCAGCCUGUGCGCCCUGUUGUCCACCCUCUACCAAUUUCUUCUCCAAUGGAUGUUGAUAAGCAAAGAAAAGAGGUUGCCCCUGUCUAUCCAAUACAGAGACCCAAUACUGAUCCCAGUCCAUCACCUGAUAAGGAGUACAUAAGACCAAGGCCACCAGGCAGGACACGACGGGACAGCAUUCAGAACUACAAAAUGGAUGCAACCCCAUGUGGACACUGUCUCAUCAUAAACAACGUGGACUUUGAAGAGCAGAGCGGCCUGAACAAUCGCAAAGGGUCCAACAUAGACUGCGACAAGCUGGAGAAAAGAUUCAAGGCACUCAACUUCGAGGUGGAAGUGAGGACUAACCUGAAACAACGACAAAUCAAACAUGAACUGUCAGCGUUGUCUAAGAAGGACCAUUCCCAAUAUGACUGCUGUUUGGUCAUCAUGCUGUCCCAUGGGACUGAGGUGAGCCACAGCCGCUUCCCUGGUGCUGUGUAUGGUGUGGACGGACAGCAUGUCACAGUGCAGUACAUCACAAACUACCUCAAUGGCCAGCAUUGUCCAUCUUUACAAGGCAAACCCAAACUUUUCUUCAUUCAAGCCUGUGGAGGAGGUGAAAAAGACACAGGCUUUGAGGUGUCCCCCGAUGAGUCUCAACCAUCCAUUGGUGGAACAGAUGACCAGACGGACGCCAUUCCGAUGUCCUCAAGCAGCGACUCUCUCAGCAUGUCUGAUGAACCAGACGCCAGAGCCACGCUGCCCACCCCGAGUGACAUUCUGGUGUCCUACUCUACUUUUCCCGGUUACGUGUCUUGGAGAGACACUCAGGCGGGUUCCUGGUACGUCGAGACUCUGGACCGCAUUCUUGAGGAAAAUGCUACUACCGAUGACUUAGUCACAAUGUUGAUGAUGGUGAACAAUGAAGUCGCCCAAAACUCUGCAAAGGGGCUCUACAAGCAAAUGCCUGGUUCCUUUAACUUUCUCCGCAAACUUCUCUACUUUAAAACUCAAUGAUAGAGGCAACAGAGACUUGACAAAACUCUGUUCAACCCUCAGGGAAUGUUGGUCUAUUUAAUGGCCAUACAGCAUGACUGUGACAAUGAUUUCUUCUGAUUAUGUCUUGAUACAGUUGAAAGAUGCAUGAAUUUGCUUUGGCUUUGCUUUUACUGAUACAAUCAUGUCUUAAUGUGUAUUUGUAUUGUUUGUCAUAUCUUACUGUGUUUUUUA